GACCCUCCCGUUAAAGCCGUUUAAUAUUCCCACCCAACCUCUGCUCAAUUUCAGCCUCAGCACUUCGUCACGCGCACACUCAUUGACUCUGCUGCUCACGGAACCUUCCUGAACCGAAGUGACGCAUUCUUCCUCUCUACAGCCUUAUUGGAACCAAGGGAACACGCAGUAUUAAUCUCUCUGCAAAAAUAGUGGAUCAUGGCCUCCGUUAUGCAGAAGCUCAUCACCCCCCUGUGCAGCGGGCCCCCAGAGGCCCCCAGGAACAAGGUGACUGUGGUGGGAGUGGGACAGGUGGGCAUGGCCUGUGCUGUCAGCAUCCUGAUGCGGGAGCUGGCUGAUGAGUUGGCCCUGGUUGAUGUCAUCGAGGACAAACUGAAAGGCGAAAUGAUGGACCUGCAGCACGGGAGCCUCUUCCUCAAGACGUCCAAAAUCGUUGCUGAUAAAGACUACUCCGUGUCGGCCAACUCGCGCAUCGUUGUGGUGACGGCUGGCGUGCGUCAGCAGGAGGGGGAGAGCCGACUGAACCUGGUGCAGAGGAACGUUAACAUCUUCAAGCACAUCAUUCCGCAGAUUGUCAAGUACAGCCCUGACUGCAUCCUCGUUGUGGUGUCCAACCCAGUGGAUGUUCUGACCUAUGUGACCUGGAAGCUCAGUGGCCUGCCCAAGCACCGUGUCAUUGGCAGCGGGACCAACCUGGACUCUGCCCGCUUCCGCUACCUGAUGGCCGAAAAACUGGGCAUCCACAGCAGCAGCUUCAACGGGUGGAUCCUCGGAGAACAUGGAGACUCCAGCGUGCCUGUGUGGAGUGGUGCCAAUGUUGCCGGGGUGAAUCUGCAGAAGCUGAACCCUGAUAUUGGCACUGAUGCUGACAAGGAGAACUGGAAGGACGCGCAUAAGAUGGUGGUGGAGAGUGCAUAUGAAGUGAUCAGGCUGAAGGGCUACACUAACUGGGCCAUCGGUCUGAGCGUGGCUGACCUGGCUGAGACCCUCAUCAAGAACCUGAACAGGAUCCACCCUGUCUCCACCAUGGUCAAGGGCAUGUACGGGAUUGGAGAUGAGGUGUACCUGAGCCUGCCCUGUGUGCUGAACAAUGGAGGUGUCAACAGCGUGGUCAACAUGACCCUGACGGAUGAGGAGAUCGCUCAGCUGAAGAAGAGUGCUGACACUCUGUGGGGCAUCCAGAAGGAUCUGAAGGACCUGUAAUGCCCUGACAGACCAGCAGAGGGCACAUUACGCUCCUAAACCUGCCUACAUCCAUCACAUCUACACUCCUCGAACUCUGUUCUACCUUUACUGCUACACUCCACCACCUUUCUCCUACCAUUGCUGCUACACUCCUUCACCUCUCUCCUAAUUUCACCCACACACUGCCACUGCUCUUCACUUCACUUUAGGGGUAGUUUUGUGUCCUUAUUCCCUACAUAUAUUGUGAUCAGGUCAAAAUGUGACUGUUUUUUAAUUUUUUAAGCACCAUUACAGAAUAGCACCCUAACUCCCUUCCCCACCUGCUCUCUUUGAGACUCUGUGUGACUGGCAGCGAAGGGAAAGAAAAGACCGUCUGAUUCUCUCUGCUAGGCUCACCAGGAAAGCACGAAAGAGUAGCGUAAGAUUGGUCAUUCUUUUUUCAAACAUGCUGUUACUGUCAAUUCUGUUGUACUUUGUGGUGAACACAGUGUCCAUGCCUAAAUAAAACGUUUAAACUGAUAA